UACAAUUAAAUAUAAAUGAGUUAUUAAUAAUUUGAAGAUAUUUAAAUGUUAAAACUUAGCUGAACUGUCUUUAGCUGUUGAAUAUGGCUGUGUUGUUUACACCUUUUCUUCUAUUUACAGGUCUUCCUGCCGCGAUUGGUGUGUAUUCCUUUACAAAAGAAGCAGCCUUGCGGAACGAAUUGUUUGUAACCAACAGCUACAACAAGUUAGCAAGACCGAGCACAGCUGUGACAAUAAACAUGCAACUGAAUCUGCUGACUCUAAAGGAACUGAAUAUCCGUGACCAAUACCUGACUGUGGUAGGAUACUUUGUCAUGAGAUGGGCUGAGACUAGCAGGUUGAAAUGGAGUACUAAUCCGACAUACAGCAGUGACAUCCAGAACAUAUUUUGUACGGAAAAUGAAAUAUGGGUACCACCUUUGAUGAUUGAAAACUCGGUAGACAACGUCGGUGUUAUUAGUGAUAACACUGUCCGAAUACGUGUGGCUGCCACCGGACAGGUCACGUGGUCUCCUGCAGAUAUUUUUACCACUAGUUGUGUUACUGACGUCACUUACUAUCCAUUUGAUACCCAAACAUGUGAUAUUAUUGUGACGUCAUGGGGAUAUACUAAGUCUGAAAUGAAACUUGAAGUUGAUAGUUAUGUUCCUUUAGGAGUGUCAAAUUAUCAGGAGAAUGGCGAAUGGAAAUACAUAGGCUAUACUGUUACCAAUGGGGUAGAAAAACGCGAGGCUGUACAGUUUUUUCAAAUAAUUUAUAGCCUCACUUUCGAACGACGAUCUGAAUUUCAUAUAUUGAACAGCAUUGCGCCAAUGGUUUGUAUUUCCCUGCUUGCUUGUUUUGUUUUCAAACUUUCGGCAGAUGCAGGAGAAAAGGUUGGAUUUAGCCUCACUAUCUUACUGACGUCUGCUGUAUAUUUGACACUGGUCUCCGAUAACAUACCUACAACUUCAUUGACGACACCGUAUCUCACCACCUAUCUUAUCUCUCUUUUGGGCAUGGAAAUACUUUCAGUCAUCUUAACUGUUAUGAUUCUGGAUUGUCACCACAAAGAUGGCAGCACCGAGAUACCAAAAUGUUUCAGAUUUUUCAUGGAGAAGAUAAUAUCCAGACUAAUAUGUUGGAAAUGUAAAUCUGGUUGUAGUUAUAAGCGAUCAAAGAACGGGAACAGUGUGAUGGAUAUAUGUGAGUUAAAAGGUGAAAAAGAAAUGAACUGUCAUAGCGUUGACAAUAAUGAGGAAUUGUCUUGGCAAAAUAUUUCAAAAAUGCUCGACAUUUUUUGUUUCCGACUGUACUUAAUUGCUUUCUUUGUCAUCACAAUACUAUUCAUCCUCAAGAUGCUGAUUUAAAAAACUCUAUCUAACAUCGGUCUUAUGAAUAUAAAAACACUUUUUUAACAUGAUAAUAUGAAUUUGAAAAAAAAUAUCUUCAAAUUUAUCAGGUCUACUUUUUAAAUCGAUUAGGCGCGUUAAGUUUAUUCAAAACUCAUCAGACGCGCUCCAAUAUAAAUAGAGGAAGAACAAUCAAAUUAAGGAUAUGAAGAGAAAGUCAACUAAGAAACUCGCUGAUAUUUUAGUAGUAGGAUUAAUUUAAGCUUUUUUCUUUUCAGAAGUUAAAAUACUUCUUACAGUGUAGUUUUUAAAAUAAAUUUAUUAUGUGAUAUUCUCACCUGAUAUCAAUAUCUAAAUAUCAAUUCCCGUACCCUAACGACUCGUUACCACAGAGUAUAUUAAAAAAGCAAAGCUAUCACUGGUUACCAAUUAAAGGUCAACAUACAGAAACAUGCUACGUCAAAACGCCGAGGUCUGUAUGUUGAUUGACGCGUAAUUAUGUAUAAGCUUGAACACCUAUCUAAUUGAAAAAUGUUAGUAAACUUGUUAUAAAUACUGCAAAUUAUUAUGAAGUUUGAAUACAUCGGUAUUGGAAGUUGUAACUUCAACAUUUAAAUCAUAAGUCAACAACAAAUCAUCGUUGUCAAUAUAAUGGAAUAUGGUGCGACUUUCAUAAGUGAGAGGUUAGCUAGCUAUUUGAUUAUUGACUUUCCGUUUUAAAUUUUCCUCGGAGUUCAGUAUUUAUGUGAUUUGACGUUUUUUAAACAUUGGUUUAUCUCUCAGACUGUAUUGACACCUAGUUUGCUGUAACCACUGAUGCAUAUUCUCGGUUUCCAAAAUAAGAAUUGUGAUACUGAGAUUGCCUACUUGUAAACACCCAAAGGUUAGUAUAGUAAAAUUUCAGUGCUUCAAACAUCUGGUUUAGUGUUUUUAUUAAGUUAACAAAUUUGUAUAUAUUUUUAAAAGAUUUUUGUAUCUUCGCAUGUUUUUAUAUCAAUAACAAAUGACAAAUGGCAUAAUGUAUAUACGUUUGAGGCAAUGAAAAUGUUACAUGUUUUAGGAUUUUGGUUUGUGAGAAAAAUUAGGAAAGUGUGAUAUCUUUUUUAUUGUGUAUAAUAACCGUCAA